AUGAUGAAAGGCUUCAAGAACCGCCUUUCCCGCGGUAAGGGACAAUCUUCCAAGAAAUCAGACAAAAAAGAAUCCAAAGACAAAUUGGAGAAAAAGUCGUCUUCGUCAUCGUUGGCUUCGACUACUUCGUCUCAGAACCAGAAACCAACGUCGGGAACAAAUUCGGCAUCUCCCUCGCCGUCUCGGAACGAUAGCUCCAGUUCCAUCAAGUCGCUAGACUCCGGGUCGGGUCGAAACACUCCCACCAACCAGGGAACGGAUCGCGCUGCCUUGGCAGACCGCACACCAACGCAACUGCCAGGCCAGGAAUCUCCAAAGAUUGUUAUCGACAACCCUAGUACUACAACGCAUAUUAACCCCGUUACACCAACCCCAACGUCUCCAACCACAAAUGUGAAUUAUACGGCAUCUCCUCCUUCCAGCAUGGUUGGCGAAACUCUCAAGCCUGCCCCGGGCCACGCCGUCCAUUCCCAGGCUCACUCUCCUCUACAUGGACUUCAAUUGAAUCCUAACAUUGCAUCUCCAAAUAGGGAAAACUUUGACAUCGAUUUGAUUGUCACCCCCAAGAGACACUCCUCGUCGCGAUUCGAGCCUUCGUCCUCCGACCGUUAUCAAGAGAUAACAAAACUUCCUGGUUUCGAGGAGGUUUUACCUGAAGAACAAAUCAAGUUGUUCAUCCAGAAGAUUGACCAAUGUAACAUCAUGUUUGAUUUCGGAGACCCAACACAUGACAUUAGAGGUAAGGAAAUCAAGCGUAUUACUUUGCAAGAACUCAUUCAGUUUAUACUGAACAAUCGAUUCACAUACACCGAGGAAAUGUAUAAGCAUGUGGUAACAAUGUUCAGAAACAAUCUUUUCCGCCCAAUUCCUCCCCCAGUUAACCCUGUGGGUGAGUUGUUCGAUCCUGAUGAAGACGAGCCCGUAAAUGAACUUGCAUGGCCCCACAUGCAAGCUGUGUACGAAUUCUUUUUACGCUUCAUCGAGUCACCCGACUUUUCUCAUCAGGUUGCCAAACAAUAUAUCGACCAUGAAUUCAUACUGAGAAUUCUUGAGUUAUUCGAUAGCGAAGAUCCUAGAGAAAGAGAUUGCUUAAAAACAACGCUCCAUAGAAUUUAUGGCAAGUUUUUGAGCUUGAGGUCGUACAUCCGCAAGUCGAUAAACAACGUUUUCCUUCAGUUUGUCUAUGAGACUGAACGUUUCAAUGGUAUUGGUGAACUUCUUGAGAUUUUGGGCUCCAUCAUUAACGGAUUUGCAUUGCCUUUAAAAGAGGAACACAAGAUUUUCCUCGUGCGGGUGUUGAUGCCGUUACACAAAGUCAAGUGCCUUUCGUUGUAUCAUCCGCAAUUGGCCUAUUGUAUAGUUCAAUUUUUGGAGAAAGACCCAUCGUUGACCGAGGAUGUGAUCAUGGGACUCUUGCGUUUCUGGCCCAAGAUCAACUCGCCCAAAGAAGUGAUGUUCUUGAACGAAAUUGAAGACAUCUUUGAAGUCAUGGAGCCAAGUGAAUUCCUCAAGAUUCAGAUUCCCUUGUUUGCCCAGCUUCUGAAGUGUAUUGCCUCGCCUCAUUUCCAGGUCAGCGAGAAAGUAUUGUGUUACUGGUCUAACGAGUAUUUUUUGACAUUGAUAACGGAGAACGCCGAGGUUGUGCUUCCUAUUGUAUUUGCAGCUCUCUACGAAUUGACAAAUGCCACCCAACCGGGUAUUGCUACCGGUGCUAUGCAACAGAAAUUGUUGGAGAAUCCCGAUGCAACCACCGAUGCCAAUGGAAAUCUCAUUGAUCGUGGAUUGAUAUUGAGCGAUAUUAGCCACACUUCAAUGGAACGCCAUCAUCAUUUGCUGGACCCAAUGGGAGCAUCCAUGAGAGGGAUCUCGGACGAAGAGUACUAUGAUUCAUUUUCGUCACCAGAUCAAGCUGGUAAUCUUGAGGAUGAGUUUGGAGCUACAGGUCUGCUUCCACACAACUCCGCCACCUCCAACUGGAAUAGGAGUAUCCAUCUGUUGGCAUUUGGAGCGUUGAAGGUGUUUAUGGACCAUAAUCCAAUUCUUUACGACCAUUGCACCAUGUUAUAUCAUCAAUCAUUGGAGGAACAGAAAGCCAGAGAAGCCGCCAGGAAAGAAGGGUGGAAACGCAUCGAGGAGUAUGUGAAGAACCUCAAGCUUCAACAGGAAGUCAGGGAUACCCCAAUGGCGACGUAG